AUCGCAUCGAUUCUUUAUCACGCUCUCUUCACUUCUCUCCAAUACUCCCCCUCUGCCCUCUGCACUUUUUUCAGUAUUUUAUUUUUUUGGCUGUCCACAAAUCCUUCUUAUCUUCGAUAUCAAAUUUCAAAAAUACAAAAAGGAAACUAGAAAUAGAAAAGUGGGUUUUCGAAGAUGUUGCAAGAUUUGUGGAACGCUCCUCCGGGAUUCAGGCCUUCUAAAUCGGCCCCCACUUCUCCGGCGAAGCCCCUCGGGGUUCUGAGAAGUCGCUCCGAGUCCUUCCAUGCCAUCCACAAAGUCCCAGUCGGUGACACACCUUAUGUUAGAGCCAAGAACGUUCAAUUGGUGGAAAAAGAUCCGGAGAGGGCGAUUCCUAUGUUUUGGGCAGCCAUAAAUGCAGGGGAUAGAGUUGAUAGUGCUUUGAAAGACAUGGCCAUUGUAAUGAAGCAGCAAAAUCGAGCAGAGGAAGCCAUUGAAGCUAUCAAGUCUCUGCGUAGUAGAUGCUCAGAUCAAGCGCAGGAGUCUCUUGAUAACAUUCUAUUGGAUCUCUACAAGAGAUGUGGAAGGUUGGAUGACCAAAUAGCAUUGUUGAAGCACAAAUUGUAUUUGAUUCAACAAGGGCUGGCUUUCAAUGGGAAGCGCACCAAGACAGCCCGAUCUCAAGGAAAGAAAUUUCAGGUCUCUGUCGAGCAAGAAGCCACACGGUUGCUGGGAAACUUGGGGUGGGCAUUGAUGCAGCAAAACAACUAUAUCGAAGCAGAAGAUGCUUAUCGGCGGGCACUUUCGAUUGCUGCCGAUAAUAACAAAAUGUGUAACCUAGGUAUUUGUUUGAUGAAGCAAGGUAGAAUUGGGGAGGCUAAAGAAACCUUGCGAAGAGUGAAACCAGCAGUGGCUGAUGGACCAAGAGGGGUAGAUUCCCAUCUUAAGGCCUAUGAGAGGGCACAGCAGAUGCUCCAGGAUCUUGAGUCGGAGAUGAUGAAUAAAGGAGGAGGGGAUCGGGUCGAACAAAGCCGGCUCUUUGACGCCUUCCUUGGUUCUUCAUCAAUUUGGCAACCUCAACCUUGCAAGGACCCCAUCAGCUUGCCAAAAUCAAAUGCGGUUAAACCCCAAGAUGAUUUUGGUGAUGAGAACAUCAAUUCGAAUGUAACGGUAAACCAGGUGGUGAUUCCUCAACCAAAACCAGUCGCUCUUCCUUUCGGAAAUUCGCUAAAUAUCGAUGCACCACCCUUUUACUCAUCAAAGCUGGUGAAGGAGGUGAAAGCUCCAGUUGUGAAUCAAUUGCAUGAGACCCUUAAAAGAACACGGUCAGGAAACUCAGCUAACUCUAUAAGAGUGAAUGAAAUGGGUGGAGACUGCACAAAGCCUUUAUCUGAAGAACUGGAAAAACCAGAGAUUAAGACAAGAAGAAGGCUCUCUCUUUCAACUAAAGAGAAAGGAGACAAAUUGGCUGAUUUAUUACCAGAUAGCCAAGACUUUGAGGAGGCUAUCAUUUCAGCUGCAGUUCUAGGCCCAGCAAAUGAAGCAGUGACUCAAAGGAUGUUUCCAAAGAAAACUGAUAAGAGGCUUAAGGUCUUCCAAGAUAUUACUCUUUCUUUGAGUCCCAGAGCCUGAUGUUGGUUAACUGAUUUAGUUUCUCAAGUAACUUAAUAUUCUAAGGUUGGAGAUGAACUUGUUCUCCUCACCUACUUGACUUCCUAUUCCUGAAAAAAAAGGGGUAGCAGUUCUUAAGGUUGUAGCCUUAAGUAUUAUUUACAUUUUAUUUAUGUAUGCCUCUCAAAUAAGGCGCAUCCCACACCCAUCAAGAUAAUAAAAAACACUUUGGUUUA